CUCGAGACGAACUCCGUUUCUGCUGGUUCAGUCCUUCGAUCUUUCCCUGACAGGGACCAUUGGCAUUCAGAUUUUAUCCCAAUGGCGCCGCCAACCGAGAAUCUGAACCUCGACGUUGAGGCCAUCUCGGGCAUUUGCGGCUCCAUAUCCAUCGCCUGCUGGGUCGUCGUCUUCUCGCCCCAGAUCGUCGAGAACUUCCGCCGCGGCAGCGCCGAGGGCCUGUCGAUCCAGUUCGUCGUCGUCUGGCUGCUCGGCGAUGUCUUCAACAUCCUGGGCGCCGUGCUGCAGGGGGUGCUGCCGACCAUGCUCAUCCUCGCCGUCUACUACACCAUCGCCGACCUCGUGCUGAUGGUGCAGUGCUUCUACUACCGCGGCUUCACCCUACGGGACCAUGUCGCCCCUCCCGCUCCACCACCACCGUCCAAGUCGAGGCGCAACGGCAACGGAGACGGAAACGGAAACGGGCACUACCACGCCGGCGAGCCGAACGAGCGGACGGGGUUGCUCACUGGUGGGGUUGGUGAAGGCGCUGCUGCUGCUGCCGCUUCGUCUGUCCACCCGGAACGGUCGCCGUACUACAGCAUUGAGGAGCGCGAACGGCGGGGCUCCUGGACCCAUCUCUCGCCGGCGGUGCCGUUCGUGAGCGAGGAACCCGAGACGGCGCCCGCGCCUACGCCGACGACCUGGACGCAAGCGGUCGCCUUCAACAGCCUGGCCGUGCUCAUGGUGUGCGCCGCGGGCGUGGCCGGGUGGUGGUUGAGCCGGACGUACGGGCGGGGCGGCGACGGCGACGGCGAUGGCGAUGCGGGCCCGCCGCGUGACGGCCAGCAGGAUCCGCUCGAGUUCAACACGCUGGGUCAGGUCUUUGGGUGGCUCUGCGCCGUGCUGUACCUGGGCUCGCGGCUGCCCCAGCUGCUGCUCAACUGGCGGCGCAAGUCGACCGAGGGCGUGUCGGUGCUGUUCUUCCUGUUUGCUUGUCUCGGCAACCUGACCUAUGUGCUGUCCAUCCUGGCGUUCGAACCCAAGUGUGAGGGGGAUAAGGGAUGCCGACGCGGCGAGGCCGCGCAGAUCUUUUGGCAGUACAUGCUGGUCAAUCUGUCAUGGCUCGCGGGCAGCGCGGGCACCCUGCUCCUGGAUAUGGGCAUUUUCGUCCAGUUCUUCUUGUACAGCAAAAGCGAGGACGACGAGAGUAGCGAUGAUAGCAGUACAGAUGAGGAGGAAAGCAUCGCGGGUCCGGACACGUGGGAUCCGCGACCAUUACUGCAAAGGAACAACACCAAUUACUAACUGGAUGUCUAGGAUAGGGGCAUUGGGGAGCACGGCGUUGUAACAGAUGUGUUCGAAAUAUUGUAAUGUACUAUGAGCCGACGGUUCAAAACCUCACUUCUCGUUUUGUUUUAGA